CUUUCCACCCAAUGACAGGUUACAAUGUAGAAGGCUGCGUUGACCUCCCACUGGAUUCACCUCUAAUAGGAACCAUGAUUCGGUCUCUGAGACGCGUUCAGCAGUUUAACUGCAACAUCCUGACUUUUCAAAGAGUCUGUGUAAACUCAAAACUCCCUUUCUGCACGUCAAGAAUGGCCAGCUCAGAUUUCAGGCUCGAGCGCGACACUUUCGGUGAGCUCAAGGUCCCAGCUGACAAGUACUACGGGGCUCAGACUGUCAGAUCCACCAUGAACUUCAAAAUAGGGGGACCGAGCGAGAGAAUGCCCAUCCAAGUGAUCAAGGCCUUCGGUAUUCUGAAGAGAGCGGCCGCUGAAGUGAACAAGGACUACGGCCUGGACCCAAAGAUAGCGGACGCGAUCGUCCAGGCUGCAGAUGAGGUAUCAGCUGGUAAACUGGACGAUCAUUUCCCUCUGGUGGUGUGGCAGACUGGAUCUGGAACUCAGAGCAACAUGAACGUUAAUGAGGUGAUCAGCAACAGAGCUAUUGAGAUCCUAGGGGGGAAACUGGGCUCCAAGGAGCCUGUCCACCCUAAUGACCACGUGAACAAGAGUCAGAGCUCCAAUGACACCUUCCCCACUGCCAUGCACAUUUCUGCAGCUACAGAGGUCCACCACGUCCUGCUGCCUGGCCUGCAAACUUUGCAUGACGCUAUGGCUGCUAAGGCAGAAGAGUUCAAAGACAUCAUCAAGAUCGGGCGCACACACACUCAGGAUGCUGUCCCUCUCUCACUUGGACAAGAGUUUGGGGGAUAUGUCCAGCAGGUGAAGUACAGCAUUGCGAGGGUGAAGAGUGCCAUGCCAAGGGUGUAUGAGCUGGCAGCAGGAGGCACAGCAGUGGGAACAGGACUCAACACCCGCAUAGGCUUUGCAGAGAAAGUAGCCUCAACUGUUGCUUCUCUCACAGGCCUGCCAUUUGUUACAGCACCCAACAAGUUUGAAGCUCUGGCAGCCCAUGAUGCUCUAGUGGAGCUGAGUGGAGCCCUGAACACAGUGGCUGUCAGCAUGAUGAAGAUAGCGAACGACAUCCGCUUUUUGGGGUCAGGACCUCGCUCUGGUCUGGGUGAGCUUAUCCUACCAGAGAAUGAACCAGGGAGCAGCAUCAUGCCAGGCAAGGUGAAUCCCACCCAGUGUGAGGCCAUGACUAUGGUGGCCGCCCAAGUGAUGGGGAACCAUGUCGCCGUCACCAUUGGAGGCAGCAAUGGACACUUUGAGCUCAACGUCUUCAAACCCAUGAUAAUAAAGAAUGUGCUGAACUCUGCUCGGCUCCUUGGUGAUGCCUCCGUCUCAUUCACAAACAACUGUGUGGUGGGCAUCCAAGCCAACACAGAGAGGAUCAACAAGCUGAUGAAUGAGUCCCUCAUGCUGGUCACCGCCCUCAACCCGCACAUCGGUUAUGACAAGGCAGCAGCCAUCGCCAAGACGGCUCACAAGAAAGGCACCACACUGAAGGCCAUGGCUGUGGAGCUGGGCUACCUGACGGAGGAGCAGUUUGACCAGUGGGUGAAGCCGGAGGAGAUGCUGGGGCCAAAGUGAACUCUGGGGACAUAAAAACACUACCAAACUUAAAAAGAAUACCUUUUCUACUGUGAGAAAGGAGUAUUUAUUAAACAUUAAUCAAGUUGGACUGUAAUAAGAAUUAUUUUUUUUGGGAAACAAGAACAUCUCUUUUCUGUAAUAAAAAAUUGAGCAUCCUGUGCUAUUGUUUGGUGCAGCGUCUUACAGUUUUUCCCUCAUGUGUAACUUAAUUGUCACACUUAUACGGUUACCAAAACAAAACAUCAAAUUGUUGAGAAUACAUUUAACAAUUACACAUCUGUUAAGUGCUGUGUAAAGUAGUUGUCACUGUAUUGCAGCAUCACAAGCAAUGUGUUCACCAUUUUUUCUGGGAUUAUCUUAAAUACUUGUUUACAAUGAGUUGAUACCUUCAGAUGUUCACACCGUGCCAUCCCAAAUGCUUUGACACACAAUACUGUAACAUUUUGUUUGCUGGUUUACAGUAUGUGUGCUAUUUUUCCAGAUUUGCAGUUCAAUUAAAUGUUUAUUCUUUGAAAACCAAA